CGCCCUUCCCACAGCACCAUCCGUCGUCUGCGUGAGAUCACCGAGGCCUAAAAUGUGAUCCCUGGUCACUCCACUGGCUCGCGGCGUCCGAUGAGGGGGAGGCGAGGCAAUGGUUCAUGCUCUGUUCUAUACGAUGAGACACGGAGCGAGAGGUGGAGGUCGAGCAGGUUGGGACAGAGCGAGAGAGAGUGGGAUCGGGAGCGGGCAGAGCGGCGGUGCGGGCGUGAACGAGAUGGUGAGGUCGUCGGGCUGGCACCCGCUCGCAAUGCGGUGUGGGCGGAACGACGUCUGCUGGGAGCGUCGGGCGCGCGUAGAGACUGUCCUGGCUCCGCCCUGAUUAUCAGCCGCGUGCGUCUCCGCAGUGCGGGCGUGAGCAGCGCUGGAAGAGCUGCCACGUCUGGGCAGUCGGCUGUCGAGUCACAGCAAAAGCUGUCCGGCUCUGAGGCGAGUGCGGUUCGCGAGUCUGACCUCGCACAGGUGAACACACUGGGCCACGCUGUGAAGCGUGCACUCAUUCAGAGGUGGCUGUCGCGGAUCACGAGGCCAAGGCAGCAGGAUGAUGACGGUCUUUAAUUUUGGGUGACUUCCAGCGCUGCGUCUAGUCCAGGUAGCCCUUUGCAAGUGCCACUUCUGCA